AUGUGAGAAUGGCAAAGCAGGAAAAUGAGGGAGGCCUGUCACGAACUUCAUUUCUUUCUGUUUUUGUUUCCGUUUUUUCAACGGAACAAACUCUUCUUUCUCCUCAUUUACUCACUCUAACCUCCACCUACCCCUUCUUUAUAUUUCUCUAUACCUUCCCUCUUCCAACUUUUCUCCUAUUUGGGACCUGCUCUCACUUUUUUCUUCACCCAAAUGGAUCAACAAAGUGAUUUUGCACUUACCCAGAUGAGGAAAUCUGUUCAGAACCUUGGUUCUUCUGCAGAGGGCUAUGGGGACCCUACACUGAUGAGAUUUUUGAUUUCUCGAUCAAUGGAGGUGGAAAAGGGUGCAAAGAUGUUUGUGCAGUGGCAAAAAUGGAGAGCUGACAUGGUGCCAAAUGGGUUCAUUUCAGAUUCUGAAAUUCGGGAUGAAUUGGAAACAAGAAAGAUCUUAUUGCAGGGCUUGUCUAAGGAUAAAUUUCCUGUGAUGAUUGUCCAAACAUGCAGACAUUUCCCUUCCAAGGAUCAGAUUCAAUUCAAGAAAUUUGUUGUAUAUCUUCUGGACAAGACAAUUGCAAGUGCUUUCAAAGGAAGGGAAGUAGGAAAUGAAAAGUUGAUUGGGAUUAUUGAUCUGAAGAAUAUUUCAUAUAAAAAUGUUGAUGCACGGGGGUUAAUCACAGGAUUUCAAUUUUUACAGGAUUACUACCCUGAACGUUUAGCAAAGUGCUAUAUUUUGCACAUGCCAUGGUUUUUUGUGGCUGUUUGGAAAUUAGUUUCUCGCUUCCUAGAGAAAGCUACACUAGAAAAGGUUGUGAUUGUAACCAAUGAGGAUGAGACAAGGGCGUUUAUAAGGGAGGUUGGUGAAGAGGUGCUCCCAGAAGAGUAUGGUGGAAAAGCUAAGCUUGUAGCUAUCCAGGAUGUUGAAUUGACACCAUUGGAAAAUGGAACAACAAAUUGAUUAAGGAGUCUUGUAGGGAAAAAAGUCUAACCUUGUAAUCUAUCAGGACUUCCUUUCCCAGAAACAUGUUUACUUUAUAAAACCUAAUUUUGUCGACAAAAAAAAAAAUCAUAAUUCAUCUCUUAUCCAUUCAAUUUCAAA